AUGCACGCGCGAGGUGAGGUUAGGCGAUACUCGCAGCAGCCGCGACAUAACCUCGUUUCGACGCGGCGCGCCGCGAGAACGACCAAGGAGAGAGAAAGACAGAAAUAGGAAGGCACUUGACGCGACCGUGAAAUCCUAUUAGAAACGACACAGCAUGCCGAGUAAGUUCGGGACGGUUGACCGGCCGACAACGAUGUAUCGACGUUCGCGAUCGUCCGCGUCGCGAUGCCAUGACAGCAGUGUUUGACGCUGUGGAAAUCGUUGCGUCAGCUGGUCUUCGUCGGCCACCUAACGAGGCUGUAUCGUCGCCCGCCGACAGACGGACGAGCGAGUGAACGAGUGGCGGAGGAAGGAGUCGACGCGCGUCGCAGCCGAUAACUCUCUGCGACGAUGAUGGCGUUGGGAAGCUUCCGAUGGCGCGUCGCUAUUAUCCUCAUCACCGUGAUAUUGCUCUGGCAGGCGUUCAGGAUGUGGAACGCCGCUGUCGCCAUGCGAGGACUGCAGGCGGCGGAGGAGGAAACGGUAGCACCGUCGGGCUCAAGGGAUGACCCGGUUCAGCAGAAGUUACACGUGGUCGUGUAUUACGAAGCGCUAUGCCCGGACUCGCGCUAUUUCAUCGUGAAGCAACUAUUGCCGACGUAUCGCAAACUGUCGGCGAAUCUAGAUGUGGAGAUGGUGCCGUAUGGCAAGGCGAAGACAAGACAUAUAAAGACAAAUGACGGAUACGAGUUCACGUGUCAGCACGGACCGAUCGAAUGUCAAGCGAACAUCAUACAUGCAUGCACCAUUGAUGCCAUUAGAGACCCGUCGAAACGUUUAGACUUUCUGGCUUGCAUGAUUGAGAAUAACAUUCAUCCGAUAGAGAUAAUGAAUGCAUGCGUCGUGAGGCUGAACACGUCCGUGGAAGCGGAAUCUAUCAGGAAGUGCUCGGACACUAGCAGGGGCAAAGAACUGUUGGCCAAGUACGGACAGAUGACGAGGUCACUCGUGCCGCGAGUGUCUUUCAUACCGACGAUCACUCUGGACGGGAGCUCCGACAACCAAGUAAAAAUACUGAAAAACAUGCUGAAGGAGGUGUGCCUACACUUCAAGGUCAUCCCGAAAGAGUGCGAACACGUAUCGUGAGAACACGCGGCAGCGGGCUGCUAAUGCAAACAUAUCCGCAUAAUCAUCGAACUUUGUUAUCGUGUUACAUGAUGAGAUUUGAAAAAGAGAGAGAGAAAGAUAUGUAUGUAUAUACGACAGAUACAUGUAAAAAUGAAAUAUAUAAUAUUUUGCAAAAAAAGAACAAAAUCUAUCCGUUGUAUGUAUGUGUGUUGUGUGUGUGUGUGUGUGCGCCUCUUAUUCUUCGACGAGGGAGCCGGAAACACCGACGAACAGAGCUCGACGGCGCGAUAAACAGUCAAAAUGGGAACGAAUUUACUCCGAAUCAAUCUCAUGUAAUUUGGCUACGGUUGCUAAUUGCUCGUGAAUUCGCGCACAGCGUUCUGUCUGUCGCGCUUAUUCGGGGAAGAUUCUUUCUAUUCUGUAGCUAUCUACCGCUCGCGCAAAAGUUAAAAAAAAAAAGAAAGAAAAGAAAGAAUAAGAUCGCAACAGAGACAUUGCCGUUCUCUUUUCGUUCGGGGAGAUAAAAUUGCUUGUAUAGAUAAACACCAGUUUUGCUCCCAUAUAAGUAUAUAUAGGAACAAUUUAUUAACUUAAUAUCAACACUUUAUACAAACUGUGUGUGUGCCGCUUUAUUUACGUACGACAAGAAGUGAAUAACGCCUUUGAUACGGCAGAGAGAAUAUACUUACAUACACUAGAAACAAUGUUCGAAUAGAAUACGAGAAAAUCAGAGUAUUAAUCGAUAGCUACUAUCGGUUGAAAAAUAAUGAAGGAAAAAGGAGCGUGUGUGUAUAUACGUCGAGGUCCGCGCUCGAAAAACGAUUCGAUAGAAAAGCACAGAUUUUGCGUUUACUCUUCUGCUUCUUCUCUCCUCUUAAUAUCGCAAACGAGCUCUCGCGCGUCUCGAGAAGUUACAAUUGCGUUGAACCGAAACGAAAGCGCAUAUCUCUGUCAAUCGAUAAUAACGUUCUUAUGUACACAUUGAAAUAAAUACAACGUUCGAAGAGGCAGGAUGUGUCUUGGUACCUGCGCGCAGCGGUAUAUAAGCAAAUACGGUAAUAAACAAUUUUUAAGAACAACAACGUGUAUUUCAAUAACAAAGAUCAGGGACGCUAAAUUAAAUAUUAGAUGAACUAACGCUUUUUUUUCUUUCUUUCAUAUUAUUCAGUAAGAUUUGGCAUUGCCUCGAUGUUAACGUUCACAACAAGAGCUUCCAUGCGCCGCUAACUCGGCGCGCGAAAAUUCUCUCAAUAAAUAGAUUUUGCAAUACGGAUAUAUAAAAUUACUAUUAUUAAAUACUGGAAUAGAGUCUUUGUAACAUAAGAGACUUAAUCACUAGGUAUCAGUGUUCGAUGAAACGAAGCGAUUGGAAGCAUUUAGAUACAGAUGCCUGUCGAAUACUAACAACCACUUUUACAAAAAACGUGUGUUGACGAUCUCUCUUCCCUUAAUAAAGUG